AUGAGUAAGGAGGGCGACCAGUCGUCUUCGGGAUGGGGAUGGGGUUCCGACUGGGGCGUGGGGAACCUGGACAUUACCUCCACCCUGAACUCCAUCGACGUCACGUCCCAACUGAAUGCGGUGAUGGAGAGCGCGCAAUCGAUCGAUAUUUCCUCCACGGUGAACUCGCUGUCGGAGCAGGCCAGCACCAUGGUCAGGGAGAUGGAGGAGACGGUGGAGCGGGAGUACAAAGCGAUGGAAGCCAACGAGGUCGCGAUGGCGGCAGCGGGCGCGGCUACGGUGGGUGCCACCGUCGCGGCGGCGGCGUCCCCCAAAUCCUCGGAAGACGUGGGCCUGGGCUGGAAGACGGGAGACGCGGCCGACGAGCCGAAGGACGAGGCUGAGACCGUCGCCCCGGGGUCUCCCACCUUUCCUGCAGCUCCCGUGGACGUGCCGGAAAAGGGCGGAAAGCGCGACGGGGAUAAAAUCGCGACCCCGCCGGCCCCGACACCGGCACCCGGAUUCCCAAAAGACGAUGCGAAGGGUAGGGAUGACGCCGACGCGGCCGGCGCGCAGGUCGCCAAAGAGGAGAUCGUCCCGAAGGAGGCGCGGAUGGACGAGGCGUCAAGCGACGAGCCCGCCCCCGCCGAGGACGCGGACGGGCCCGCCCCCGCCGAGGACGCGGACGAGCCCGCCCCCGCCGAGGACGUGGCUCCGCCCCGAUCCCAUCCAAUUCCGCCGGAGCCCAAGCCGAGCGCCGCGCCACCGACGGAGUCCGAUUCCCUCGCCGCGCGGAUCGAGGCGCUGGAGGCUGAGUUGGCGGUCACGCGCGAGACCCUGAACGCCCGCGAGGCGCAGCUGCUCAAAAGUGCCUCGAAGGCUACCGCAGCGGCCGAGCUGGAGCUGGCGCUAAAUGAACUUCGAGAUAAGCUCGCCGCUGCGGAGCACGCGACAGGGCAGGCCAUUAAGGAGCGCGACCAGUGGAAAAGACAGUACGAGAAGAGCGGAGACAACGCCAUGUUGCUCAAGGAAAAGGACGCGAUCAUUCAGGAGGUCAUGGAGGAGGGCGAGAACCUUUCAAAGAAACAGAUGGAGAUGGAGAUGCGCCUCCGCGAGCGGGCAAAGGAGAUCAAGGACCUGAAGGAGAAGCAGGCUGACCUCGUGGAGCAGGCUGUCGCGGCCAAGCGGACCGAGUUCCAGGCAGACCUCAAGUCUGCGAUGGCGAGGGCAGCCAAGGAACUGGAUGAGCAGAAGUCGUACUACAUUCAGCAGCUGACCAGCGCCAAGACUGCGGCGGCGGCGGCGGAGGCGGCGACCGACUCGGCGGCGCGCCAGACUCUCGGGAAACAACUCAAGGAGGCCGAGGAGUCCAUCGAGUCCCUCAAAGAGCAAGUCGAGGGGCUCCAGCAGGCGCUCACGCGGGCAUCCGAGAAGGCCGCGGCCAGGGAAGAGCGCCUGGCGGAGGACCUGAGGGACGCCGAGCAGAGGUUGCAAGAAUCCGACGCUCGGCACGAGGAACUGGCGCAGCGCCUUCCCGAGAGCACCCGCCCCCUGCUUCGUCAGAUCGAGACCAUGAGGGCGCAGGAGAGCGAGCGCGCCGAGGCGUGGUCGGGGGCAGAGCGUGCCAUGCUCGCGCGCGUGGCCGCGGCCGAGGAAGCGACGGAGGUUGCGACGGCGGCACAGCUGGCGGCGGCGGAGGACGCCGCCGACGCCAAAUCCCGGGUACACGACGCCGAGGCGGCUGCGAACCGAGCGAGGGCCGAGGCGGACGCCGCGAGGAAGAGGCUCCAAGAACGCGAGGAGCAACUGUCGGAGGAACGCACCAGGGUCGAGGCGGCGACGGAGGCAGCCGCCGCGCAGGAAGGGAAGCUUCGCGCGCUGGAGGACCAGGCUAGGGAACGCGAGGGCCGACUGAAGCAGCAACUCGCCGAGGAGCGGGGCCGGCUGGAGGCGGCCAAGGCGGCGUGGGAGCGCGAGAGGCUCGAGCUCGAGUCCAGCCUCGCCGAGGUCAAAGACAAGCUCACGGACGCGACGAAAAAACUGGAGGAGCGCGAGGAGGAGGUCAGGGCGGCGAACAGGGCGAAAACUUCCGGGGAUGGCGUCCGGGACACCGUUCAGGCGGCGCUGGACCGAGCCGCGCGGAGCGUCAACACCGCCGGUUCGGGCGGGGCGGAGCUCGCCGUGAUGCGAGCCACCGAGGAGCUCCAGCGCCAGAUCAGGAGCAAAGAGGUGGAGAUUACGAUCGUUCAGGACAGGGUGAAGCAGCUCGAGGCGUCCGAGCGCGCGUUGUCGGACGAACUCGUGCGACAGACCCAGCUCAUGGACGAAGCCGGCGACCCCAGGCAGCUGAGGGCGGAGCUUCAGGAGCUGGAGGGGAGGCACAUCGACGCGCUCGAACUGAUGGGGGAGACGAGCGAGGAAAAUGAGGAACUCAAGGAUAGGGUGCAGGGUCUGCGAAUGGAGGUGGACAGGCUAACGGAGCAACUCGCCGCUGCCAUGGCGUAGACAGGUGCAAGGGGUUCGUUCUGCCGACGCCCGCCAGUUUAUCAAAUUCUAAGGUCUAUUGCGAUCCAAAA